UAUUUAUGAUUUUUCCACUUUUAGACAUGUCGCAUCAUAUUACAGUAAAUCCCAUCUUACUAUAACUUUCCCCAAAAACCAAAAUAUAAAUACCCAAAACAGUUCACCAAAAACUGAAAUUUCAAUAGGCCACCGGAGGCGGCACCGGAAAAUGGAUUUAUUGCCGGCGGAAUCAUCACAAAUACUACCGAAAAAGCACAGAUUCCGUUCGUUAAAGCUUGUAAAUGAGAAUUUGGAUGAAGUUUUAUCGGAAACGCCACAAGGAGUUGAAUACGGGAAGCUAGAAAAUGGAUUAACUUACUAUGUUCGAUCCAAUUGCAAACCUAAAAUGAGAGCUGCACUUGCACUUGCUGUUAAAGUUGGCUCAGUUUUAGAAGAAGAGGAAGAACGUGGAGUUGCUCACAUAGUUGAGCAUCUUGCUUUUAGUGCCACAGAGAAGUACACAAAUCACGAUAUUGUCAAGUUUCUAGAGAGUAUCGGCGCAGAAUUUGGUGCUUGCCAGAAUGCAGUGACGUCUGCCGAUGAAACUGUUUAUGAGCUAUUUGUCCCUGUAGACAAACCUGAAUUAUUGUCUCAGGCGAUCUCGGUGUUGGCUGAGUUCAGUUCAGAGGUCAGAGUGUCACCGGAUGACUUGGAAAAGGAAAGAGGAGCAGUAAUGGAAGAGUAUAGAGGAACCAGGAAUGCCAAUGGAAGGAUGCAGGAUGCACACUGGGUUCUCAUGAUGGAAGGUUCAAAGUAUGCUGAGCGGCUGCCUAUUGGACUGGAAAAGGUGAUCCGAACAGUUUCUCCUCAGAUAGUAAAGCAAUUUUACAAGAAGUGGUAUCAUUUGCAGAAUAUGGCCGUUAUUGCUGUUGGGGACUUUCCCGAUACGCAGAGUGUUGUUGAGUUGAUAAAAGCACACUUUGGACAGAAGAUCUCAGCAGUUGAUCCUCCUCUUAUACCAUACUAUUCGGUUCCAUCACAUGAUGAGCCACGAUUUUCAUGCUUGGUGGAAUCUGAGGCAGCUGGGUCAGCGGUGAUGAUCAGCUGCAAAAUGCCCGUGGAAGAGCUCAAGACAGUGAAAGAUUACCGGGAAUUGCUCACUGAAUCCAUGUUUUUUCAUGCUUUAAACCAGAGAUUUUUUAAAAUAUCUCGUAACAAAGAUCCUCCUUUUUAUUCUUGCUCGGCUGCAGCAGAUAUCCUUGUUCGUCCAGUUAAGGCCUAUAUAAUGACAUCAUCCUGUAAGGACAAGGGUACUGUUGAGGCCUUAGAAUCAAUGUUAACAGAGGUAGCUAGAGUAAGAAUUCAUGGCUUUUCUGAACGUGAAAUAUCUGUUGUUCGGGCUCUGCUGAUGUCAGAGAUUGAAUCUGCAUAUUUGGAGCGAGAUCAAAUGCAAUCAACCAGCUUACGUGAUGAAUUUUUGCAGCAUUUUCUCCGGAAUGAACCUGUUGUUGGGAUUGAGUAUGAGGCACAGCUUCAGAAAACUCUACUACCCCACAUAUCAGCAUCUGAGGUUUCCAAAUACUCUGAGAAGUUUCAGACUUCGACUAGCUGCGUUGUAAAAACAAUUGAGCCCCGAGCAUCUGCUGCAGUGGAUGAUUUGAAAGCUGCUGUAAUGAAGAUUAAUUCUCUUGAAAGAGAAAAAAACCUUCCUCCUUGGGAUGAUGAAAAUAUCCCAGAAGAGAUUGUCUGUGUAAAACCAGAUCCGGGGCAUAUAAUACAGCAGCUUGAAUAUUCCAAUAUUGGAGCCACUGAGUUGAUUUUAUCGAAUGGAAUGCGAGUUUGCUAUAAGUGUACUGACUUCCUUGAUGACCAGGUUUUAUUCACAGGGUUCUCAUAUGGGGGUUUGUCUGAACUCCCUGAGAAUGAAUACUUUUCAUGUUCAAUGGGGUCAACCAUUGCUGGAGAAAUUGGUAUAUUUGGUUAUAGACCAUCAGUACUCAUGGAUAUGCUUGCUGGAAAAAGAGCUGAAGUUGGUACAAAACUUGGAGCAUAUAUGAGAACUUUUUCUGGUGAUUGUUCACCUUCAGACUUAGAAACUGCAUUGCAGCUUGUAUAUCAACUUUUCACAACAACUGUUGAGCCUGGGGAAGAAGAUGUAAAAAUAGUGAUGCAAAUGGCCGAAGAAGCCAUACGUGCUCAAGAGAGAGAUCCUUACACUGCAUUUGCGAAUAGAGUGAGGGAGCUCAAUUAUGGGAACUCCUACUUCUUCAGGCCAAUCAAAUUUAGUGACCUUCGAAAAGUCAACCCAUAUAAAGCUUGCGAAUAUUUCAAUAGUUGCUUCAAGGAUCCCUCAACUUUUACAGUGGUGAUUGUUGGGAAUAUUGACCCUUCUAUAGCAUGUCCAUUGAUGUUACAGUACUUGGGUGGAAUUCCAAAGCCCACUGAACCAGUUCUACAUUUCAGUCGUGAUGACCUCAAAGGCUUGCCUUUUCAGUUCCCUACGACGAUAACUAGAGAAGUUGUUCGAAGCCCAAUGGUGGAAGCACAAUGCUCAGUGCAGUUAUGCUUUCCUGUCGAGUUAAAGAAUGAAAACAUGAUGGAAGACGUUCAUUUUGUUGGAUUUCUGAGCAAGCUUCUGGAAACAAAGAUAGUACAGGUUCUCCGCUUCAAGUAUGGACAGAUUUAUUCUGCUGGAGUUUCUGUCUUUCUUGGCGGCAACAAACCUUCCAGAGUUGGCAAUAUCCGUGGAGAUAUUAGUAUAAAUUUCUCCUGUGAUCCAGACAUCUCAUCGACGUUGGUUGAUCUUGCUUUGGAGGAAAUAUUACAUCUUCAAAUGGAAGGACCUUCAAAUGACGAUAUUAUGGCCGUGCUAGAAAUCGAGCAAAGAGCACAUGAAAAUGGGUUACAGGAGAAUUACUAUUGGCUUGAUAGAAUAUUGCGAAGUUACCAGUCACGGAUCUAUUCUGGUGAUGUUGGCAAUUCUUUUGAGGUCCAAGAUGCUUCACGUUCCAAAGUGAGAAACAUCUUAAUGCCAUUAACUGCCCAACAAGCCUUGCAAAGAAUUCUGCCGUUCCCUUGUAAAAAGCAGUAUACCGUAGUAAUUUUGAUGCCUCAGGCAUCUCGUAUAAAAAGGUUGAAGUUAAUGAUGGAAUCUGUAUCCAAGAGUUACUCAAGAGAUGCAAAGAUUUUGGCUGGAAUUGCUGGUGUAACAGUUUUAUCCCUCAGUUUAUGGAAAUACUCCCGAAGUACACUGAGAUCGUAGUAGAGAACUUUGCUGAGAAAAAAGACUUGGCGGAAGCAGCAGUACCGUCAAAUGGAAUGCAUGAAAGAUUUUCCUUCAAUUUUUUGCCAAAAGAUCUGUUCAUACUCAGCUUUGGCCUUCUUGUACCAUAGAUCGAUGCACCAUUAUUAUCGGUGACUGUUAUGAAGAACAUUAGGUUUUGCCAGGAUUAAUUUACUUAGGAAGUUGGAUGAUCCAUUUUGCUUGUACUAAUGUAUGACCCAAAGUUAGUCUUUAAACAAUGUCUCUUCUUGAGUUA